UUUAAAUUCAUUGGUGGUACUUCAGUUUACUGAAACCGUUCACGUUUAGUCACUCUCCGUCCAACUCCAUUAACUUUUGCUUACGUGGCCGUCAACUCUAAAAGUUGACCGUUAAAUGUGUGACGUGGCAAUUUAAAAAUAAUAAAAUUAAAUUUUUUAAAAUUGUCAUCUCAUUAACACUUUUAUUUUAAAUAAAUAAAAUUACAUUCUUCCUCCUCUAGCUCUUUUCCUCUUGCCUACCAUCAUCCUUCUGUUAAUGAAUGAAUAACAACGAUGGGAGUAGUUAAAAGAGACAAGCUUGCUUCUCUGUCUUUCUCAGCUUCCUCUUGUCCAUCCCCACCAUUUUCAUCUUCUUCUUUGAUUGGAGUUUUGUGGGUUACUCUGCUGAUCCAAUUUCUGCUUCUGCUUCCUCCAUGCCAAGCUCAACCUCCAACCCUGUGCAACCCAAUUGAUCGAGCUUCCCUCCUGUCCUUCUUCUCCAACAUCUCCUCCACCUCAUCUCCUCCAUUAAAUUGGUCCUCUGCAGAGUGCUGCAGAUGGGAAGGAAUUGGGUGCGAUGCAAUCAGUGGCCGGGUGACCCAUUUGGAGCUGCCCUUCAGAGGCCUUGUUGGCACCCUCUCCACGUCUCUCGCCAACCUCACCCGCCUCUCUCAUCUCAAUCUCUCCCACAAUCGCCUCUAUGGAGCCAUCCCACAUGCCUUCUUCUUCUCUUCUCUGCCCACCCUCCAAAUUCUUAAUCUCAGCUACAAUCGCCUCUCCGGUGAAUUGCCUACCACUAAUAACAACAGUACUGCUGCCCUUGCCACCCGCCCACUGCCCAUCCAGAUUGUGGAUUUGUCCAGCAACACUUUUCACGGGGAAUUACUUCCAGAAGAUGGUGGUGGUGCCGACGGGGAUAUUGACAUUGGGGAUAAGAAGAAAUUAUGGUUUUUUAUUUAUUUUAAAUAAAAGUGAUAAUGAGGUGGAAAUGAGAUGACAAUUUAAAGAAAUUAUUUUUAUUAUUUUUAAAUUGUUACGUCACACAUUUAAGUCACUUUUUAGAGUUGACCGCCGCUACGUAAGCAAAAGUUAACUUCCAAGAGUGACAAAACAUAAACUGUUUCAAUACAC